AGCUGUGAGGGCAGAGGGUCGACCGGGACCUGCUCCCCCCACCCCCCCCCAAAAAAAACAAUCAGUUUGAUUUCUUUAUCUACCGCAUCUGUGAGCUUUUGCCCAACAUGGAGACUACAGGCUGCUGGCUGCGACUGGCUGCACUCUGCAUCCUCCUCUGCCAACAAGCUGAAGGAUAUGCUUACAGGAACCAACGCAAGUUCUCAGAAGAAAUCGACUGGUCGUACGCAGGAACAUUAAACCAAAACAACUGGGCCAAGAAGUUUCCAUCUUGCAGCAACGCCAAGCAGUCUCCCAUCAACAUCGAGGAGAACCUGGCCCAGGUGAAGCUGCAGUACCAGAAGCUGCAGUUUGACGGCUGGGAGAGUCUGACGACCGACAGGACGACCAUCAAGAACGACGGCAAGACCGUGGCGGUGGAUGUGGAUGGAGAGUUUUACGUCAGCGGAGGAGGCCUCGGGUCAAAGUUCAAGGUCGGGCGUAUCACCUUCCACUGGGGGCGCUGCAACGCCUCUUCGGACGGCUCUGAACACAGUCUGGAUGGAGUCAAAUAUCCUCUAGAGAUGCAGAUCUACUGUUAUGAAGCACAUCGCUUUGACUCAUUAGAUGAAACCAUCAAGGCCGGAGGCAGAAUCACGGCGCUCGCUGUAUUCUUUGAGACGACCGCUGAAGACAACGUGAACUACGCGCCCAUCGUGGACAGCAUCAUCAGUGUGAGCAGAUACGGAAAGAGCGCUGAGGUUUUGCCCUUCACUCUCCGAGGUCUCCUGCCGAACUCCACGGAGAAAUACUUCAUCUACAACGGCUCUCUGACCACGCCGCCCUGCAGCGAGGUCGUCGAGUGGAUCGUCUUCAAGAACACGGUGGCCGUCUCUGACGAGCAGCUGGAGAUGUUCUGCGAGGUGAUGACGAUGCAGCAGGCCGGCUACGUGAUGCUGAUGGACUACCUGCAGAACAACUACCGGGAGCAGCAGCAGCAGUUCAUGGGGCAGGUGUUCUCGUCCUACACCGGCACCGAGGAGGUGCUCACGCCAGUCUGCAGUUCAGAGCCGGAGAACAUCCAGGCGGCGCCCUACAACCUCAGCAGCCUGCUGGUGACGUGGGAGCGGCCGCGGGCGGUGUACGACGCCAGCAUCGAGAAAUACUCCGUCAGCUACGGACUGUCCAACGCAGAAAACUCUGUCCCCGCUGAAUACCUGACCGACGGAGACCAGGAUGUGGGGGCGAUACUCGAUGAUCUGUCAGCCAACACCAGCUACGUGGUCCAGGUUGUGGCGGUCUGCACUAACGGUCUGUACGGACGUGUGAGCGACCAGCUGACAGUCGUCAUGCCCGCUGACGACCCUGAAAAUGCAUUGGAUCCAGAUUCAGAUGAAUUUGAUGAGGAGGGCAACUAUGAACCCGAUAUAAAUGAACCUGUCCAAACCGAGGAUUAUGAUCUUCUCUUGAAUCCUACACACUCCCCGAAAACCAUGACUACCGGAUCACCUCUUUUACCUCUACCUGACAUCAGAACCACAACAGCAGCGUGGGGUAAAAGAAGAACCAGCACUGAUCCGGUUCCCCCAGUCAGAUCCACUCAGUCUGAUCAAAUCCUGAGUCAUUCGGAGGAGGCGGGACGUCGCAGUACCUCCACACAGCCACCAGAGGUCACCCUGUCACAAGAAACCAGCGGAGAUGUUGACUUCAGUGGCAACGCUCCCUUUUACUCCACAGCAACAAGCACAACCAAGGAAUUCUCCAUCUUCACUUCCACUACUCCUUUUUACCCCAAUACAGAGACAGAUGGCGUUCUCAGAGGCGUCAGUCCAAAAGGUGUUGUUAGUACCACCACUCCGACGUUCACCAGUGCAAAGACAAAAGGUGGAAAAGUUAUUUCUUCACACAGCAGCACCACAGCUACAGUGAGGUCUCGCACCGGUGACACGAGCAGCACAGCAACAUCAUCGACCUUCAUCCAGGCUGAGACCGACCGAGGCCUGGCGAGUCCCAUAAACGAAGACGGCAGCUCUGAACGCGGAGGUCUUCCAGCGAUCCAAACUUCGACCUCCCAACCUUCCUCCCCGAGUGACGCUGUCCCAAGUAGUCCCACGAGUCCCAGCGUGCCUCAUUUUUCGUCCGCCGCGACCUCUGUCCGGUUGGGUGCUGUUCUCUUGCAGACCACGAAGCCGGUGUCCAACGACGCCAGUAACAGCAGCCACGAGUCGAGGGUCGGCUCGAUCCGGGAAAGAGAGAGGAAGGCUGUGGUUCCCCUGGCCGUCAUCUCCACCCUCACCUUCGUCGGCCUCAUCGUCCUCGUCAGCAUCCUCGUCUACUGGAGGACGUGUUUUCAGACGGCUCACUUCUACAUCGACGACAGCUCAUCGCCCAGAGUCAUCGCUGCCCCGUCCACAGCUGCAUUAACAUCUGAUGAGCAGACGGCUUUUCCAGUGCGGGACUACGUCAAACAUGUCGCUGAACUCCACGACACUCAGGGCUUCCAGCGAGAGUUUGAGGAGGUGCAGGAGUGCACUGUGGACAUGGGGAUGACCACUGACAGCUCCAACCAUCCUGACAACAAGACUAAGAACAGAUACAGCAACAUCCUGGCCUAUGACCACAGCCGGGUGCGGCUCUCGUCUCAGGCUGAUAAAGAUGGGAAGAUGAGAGAUUACAUCAAUGCAAACUACGUGGAUGGUUUUAAAAAGACCAGGUCGUACAUCGCCGCUCAGGGUCCUCUGAGGUCGAGCACUGAGGACUUCUGGAGGAUGAUUUGGGAGCAAAACGCCAGUGUCAUCGUCAUGAUCACAAACCUUGUGGAGAAAGGACGAAGGAAGUGUGAUCAGUACUGGCCGACGGAGGUGCAGGAGGAGUAUGGCAGCUUCCUGGUGACAGUGAAAAGCAGCAGAGUCCUCGCCUACUACACCCAUAGGACCUUCACCAUCAGGAACACCAGCGUCAAAAAGGCCUCCCAGAAGGGACGGAGCAACGAGCGGACAGUGACGCAGUACCAUUACACCCAGUGGCCUGACAUGGGCGUCCCAGAGUUCGCCCUGCCGCUGCUCAGCUUCGUCCGCAAGUCGUCCAGAGCCCGGACGGACAGCGUGGGGCCGGUGGUGGUCCACUGCAGCGCGGGCGUGGGCCGGACGGGGACCUACAUCGUCCUGGACAGCAUGCUGAAACAGAUGAGAGACGAAGGCACCGUCAACAUCACAGGCUUCCUCAAACACAUCCGCACACAGAGGAACUACCUGGUCCAGACAGAGGAACAGUAUGUUUUUAUCCACGAUGCCUUAGUGGAGGCCAUCAUGUCCGGGGAGACGGAGGUGGUGGCAGCUCACCUGCACAGGUACAUGGACGAGCUGCUGACCCCGGGGUCUGCUGGGAGGACGCGCCUGGACAAACAGUUCAAGCUGGUUUGUCACUCCGGAGUGAAGCAGUGCGACUACUCUGUAGCUCUGCAGGACUGCAACCGCAGCAAGAACAGAAACUGCUCUGUGGUACCCGUGGAGAGGUCACGAGUGCGUCUGUCUACGUCGGCGGGGGAAACGUCAGACUACAUAAAUGCGUCGUACAUCACAGGUUACAGACAGAACAGUGAGUUCAUCAUUACCCAGAAUCCUCUGCCUGGCACCAUAAAAGACUUCUGGAGAAUGAUAUGGGACCACAACACCCAGGUCAUCGUGUCACUGCCGGGGACAGCAGCAAGUAUGGAGGAUGAGGAGGGGGCGGCGUCAUCUGUCUUUUGGCCCCGCAAAGGGCAGCCAAUCAGCUACGAGAUGUUCACUGUCACUCAGAGAAGCGAGGGUCACGUCUGUCUGGCCAACGAGGACAUGCUGGUGGUCCAGGAGUAUGUGCUGGAAGCUACACAGGACGACUUUGUUCUGGAGGUGAAACACUACCGCGCCCCCCGCUGGCCGAACCCAGACAGUCCCAUCAGCAACACCUUCGAACUGCUCAACCUGGUGAAAGAGGAGAGUACUGCCAAGGACGGCCCUACUGUGGUCCACGAUGAUGUGGGCGGAGUCACAGCAGGAACGUUCUGCACCCUAUUGUCUCUGACUCACCAGCUGGAGGCCGAAGGUUCGGUCGACGUCUUCCAAGUGGCCAAACUAACAAACCUCAUGAGACCAGGAACCUUCAGCGACAUCGAGCAGUACCAAUUCCUGUACAAAGCCAUGCUGAGUCUCAUCGGGACGCAAGAAGACGAGAAAACCCUCCAGUCCUCCGACAACAACGGGACGAUCGUGGUGGGAACUGCCAGCACCGCAGAGAGCCUUGAAUCCCUGGUGUAACUGCCCAAAAAAAUAAAACAACCACAAAGAACUUUUAACUUUUUUAACUUUUACAAAUGAGAAACAGCAUUUGGUCUUUCCUCUUCAGCCACCAACAGAACUUCUCCUGAUGCCAGACUCACGCUACAGCUACUAAAUAAAAAAAAAAAAAUUCCUCGUCAUUCAGGACUGUGUGUGUUGUUGUAGUUUGAGGCUGGCACGUACCGAGCGAGUUUUCUUCUUUGCUGGAUCUGGACUCCCUACGGUUUUGUAAUGUGUGCCUUUUUGUAUUUUUCAUCCUGUACGUCUAACUUUGAUACAAGCUGUAGACUAACUGUCCGACGUUUUAACGCUGUACUGCCCUGAGAUGUUUCACUCAACUAACAAUCUUUUCCUAAACCUUUGUAUUUAUUGGCACUGAGCCAAAUGGGAUAAAAAAAAAGGGAAAAACUGCAUCUUUUUACAUCAAAUGAGAUAUUUUGUUAGCCUGUCUUUUAUAGAGCUCAUGCACUGAACUCCUCCUCUCUGUAAAUACCAUCGCAAUGGUAGCAGCAGUGUGCAAUUGAAGUCAAAUAUAAAAUAAGGGCCUGAAAUAAUAAAAAAUAAUAAUAAUCUAAUGUAAAUAAUAUUAUAGUAAUCACCUCGAUGGACCAAAUUUCUAUUUAUACUUUUAGAUUUUUAUAUUUUACCAUUUUUAGUGCAUUCAAAUGUUAUGGUUUAAUUCUAAUUGCUUAGUUGGAGAACAUUAAUGCUUUUAUAUUCUGGAUUUUGUAACAGACUAAAUGUGAUGCAUGGGGUACUGACAUGUUUGUUUUUUUAGCUGGACAUGAAACACUGCUGGAUUAUUAGCUAGGGGAUUAAAUAAGUGAA